ACGGUGAGGGACGCUUUGGAGGAGAAAGGCAACGCAGCGAGCUAAACACAAUGGCGACGUCGGCGACAGCAGCAGGCGGGACGGGCUCAGGCGGAGGAGCGGCGGGUCUGGUCGGCGGCGGAACGGCGGUAGCCCGAAAGAAAGACGGCGGUCCUUCUACGAAAUUUUGGGAAAGUUCGGAAACGAUUUCUCAGCUUGAGACGGUGCGACUUUGGAUCGGAAAGCACUACAAGAAGCAUGUCCAGAAUGACUCUCCAUCCAGUAAGUCCCUGGCUGGCCUGGUGGUCCAACUGCUUCAGUUUCAAGAGGAUGCGUUUGGACGCAGGGUCAACAAUCCUCCUCUUACCAAGCUACCUGCCAAAUGUUUCCUUGAUUUCAAGGCAGGAGGAACUCUCUGUCACAUCUUGGGAUCAGUAUACAAGUAUAAAAGUGAGCAGGGCUGGAGGAGAUUUGACCUGCAGAAUCCGUCUCGGAUGGACCGGAAUGUGGAAAUGUUCCUAAAUGUUGAAAAACACCUGGUCCAGAAUAACUGCCUGACACGGCCCCUCGUCUACCUGUCGCCAGAAAUUGAGCAGAAGCAGGUCAGCAAACUCAAAGACAUCAUCAAGAGGCACCAGGGUUCAGUCACUGAUGACAAGUCAAAGGCAACUCAUCACAUUCACCCAUCUUUGACACAGCAGGAAGACGAGGAGUGGCUGCGUCCCGUCAUGAGGAAGGACAAGCAGGUCCUUGUUCACUGGGGCUUCUACCCAGACAGUUAUGACACCUGGGUAUCCGCUGGUGAGGUGGAUGGUGAUGUGGAAGAUCCUCCCAGCUCUGAGAAACCCUGGAAGGUUCAUGCCAAGUGGGUUUUAGACACAGAUGCCUUCAAUGAGUGGAUGAAUGAGGAAGACUAUGAGCUGGACGAAAACAAAAAGCCUGUCAGCUUCCGACAGAAAAUCUUCCCCAAAGAGGAGGAGUCUUCCCGUACACCCGAUCGCAAGGAGCGCAAGGCAAACUCUGCUGGCAAGAAGAGGAGACGCUCGCCCUCGCCGCCCAGCACUCCAGCCGAGUCCCGAAAAAAAGGAGGAAAGAAGGGGAACCCAGGGCCUCACUGGAAGCGACGGGGACACAGAGGAGAGGAAGAGGACACUGAGGAGGACAUGACGAAGGACAUGGAUGACUCCUCUGCCGGCGCCAGCAUGGAGGAUGGUGUGUCCAAGAAUGCUAAUUCAAAAAAAGACAGUGAAAAUACUCCAGUCAAGGGAGGGAAUAUGGCAGAUUUGGAUGACAUGGAGGAUGAUUCGGUGCUGUCCGGUGGAAAGGAUGAUGAUGAACAAGGCAAAGGAGAAGUCAAUCGGAUGGAUGCUGGAGAGGACAAUGUAACUGAGCAGACUCAUCACAUCAUCAUUCCCAGUUAUGCUGCCUGGUUCGACUACAACAGCAUCCAUGAGAUUGAGAGGAGAGCUCUUCCAGAGUUCUUUAAUGGGAAGAACAAAUCCAAAACUCCAGAAAUAUAUCUGGCCUAUCGUAACUUCAUGAUUGACACUUAUCGGCUGAACCCUCAAGAGUACCUGACCUCCACUUCCUGUCGCAGAAACCUGACUGGGGACGUCUGUGCCAUCAUGAGGGUUCAUGCAUUCCUGGAACAGUGGGGUUUGGUAAAUUACCAGGUGGAUGCUGAGAGUCGGCCAUUACCCAUGGGCCCCCCUCCCACGCCCCACUUCACUGUGCUGGCUGACACUCCCUCUGGCCUCAUUCCCCUCAACCACCGGCCUCCACCUAUUCCUCCUCCUCAGCCAAUGCCCAACUUUGCAGAUAAGUCCAAAGACAAAGCAAUUGACUUGCAGAACUUUGGCCUCCGCCCUGACCUCUACAAGAAAAGCGCCAAACAGGGAAAGGGAGCAGGUACCACCAGAGAAUGGACUGAGCAAGAGACUCUACUACUGCUUGAGGCCCUGGAAAUGUUUAAAGACGACUGGAACAAAGUGUCGGAGCAUGUUGGUUCACGCACCCAAGAUGAAUGUAUCCUGCACUUCCUGCGGCUGCCCAUUGAAGAUCCUUACCUCGAGAGCACAGAAACGUCUCUGGGCCCUCUGGCCUACCAGCCCAUUCCCUUCAGCCAGUCCGGAAACCCAGUAAUGAGCACAGUCGCCUUCCUGGCCUCUGUGGUGGAUCCCAGAGUGGCAUCUGCUGCAGCCAAGGCAGCUUUAGAGGAGUUUUCUCGCGUGCGUGAGGAAGUUCCUGCUGAGUUGGUGGAAGCUCACGUCAAGAAGGUCCAGGAGGCAGCAAGGAGCACCGGCAAGGUGGACCCCACCUUCGGCCUGGAGAGCAGCGGCAUCGCAGGAACCGCACCGGAGGAGCCCGAAAAAACAGAAACCGCAGAACCAGAAAAGAUGGAAACAGAUUCGGACUCCCAACAGGCUGAUAAGGCUGAGAUGAAGGACGAGGCGGAAAAGCCCAGUGAGUCGGCAGAGAAAAGCGACAAGACGGAGAGCACGGAAAAGGUGAAGAAGGAGGGAGCAGAGGGAUCAGAGCAUGAACAGGAGAAGGAGGAAGAAGGAGAGACCAAAACAGCUUCAGCAGAUAAAGAUAAGGAUGAAACUAUGGACACCUCAUCUUCAGAUCAAGAGAAGGAAAAAGAGGAGAAGACAGCUACCGAGGAGGGAGAGGAAAAGCAGAAGAAGUUGGAGCAUGACAUUGGAGAGGGAAACAUCGCUACAGCGGCCGCUGCUGCUCUCGCUUCUGCAGCUACCAAAGCCAAGCACUUGGCAGCAGUUGAAGAAAGGAAAAUUAAGUCCCUGGUUGCUCUGCUGGUGGAAACCCAGAUGAAGAAGUUGGAAAUCAAGCUGAGGCACUUCGAAGAGCUGGAGACCAUCAUGGACCGCGAAAAGGAAGCUCUGGAGCUUCAGCGGCAGCAGCUCCUCACCGAGCGCCAGGCGUUCCACAUGGAGCAGCUAAAAUACGCAGAGAUGAAGGCCAGACAACAGAUGGAGCAGCAAGCCGCCGCCGCUGCUGCUGCAGCCGCCCAGGCUCAAGGUCAGGGCUCUGGACCUGGACCGCACCCCGGUCCCCCUCCACACGGUAUGCAUCACGGCGGACCCCCGCCCCACCACAGCGGCCCUCCUACUGCUCACCAUGGAGGACCACCGCCCCACCAUGGCGGGCCUCCUCCCCACCAUGGAGGACCGCCACCAGGUGCUGCAAUGCAUCCUGGGUUCCCUCCAAUGGGCCACCAUCCCAUGGCCCCCCACCACCCAGGACAGACAGGACCGAUGGAACCGGGUCAGCCGAUGCCAGGACGGAUGCUGUCCGCUCCGCCUUCUGCCGGACCGCCACCAGGGGGCAUGCCUCCCAUGAUGCCCCCACGUCACCCUGGAGCCCCCAAUGGCAUGUAUCCUGGCCCCCCACCUGCACAACCAGAGGCGAUUCCUCCAGCUCCUGUGGCUCCUCCAGCGCCCCCAAGUGGCCGGGUGUCUGACAAUUAAGACGUACAAACAGAAAAAGCACACGUGCAUAAAG